AUGUUGCUCUCCCACCCGCUUCUGCCAGAUCCGUGGUUCCAGGAGAAAGGCAAACUAGUCCAAAGGCAAAGAUCAGCAGAUCACCAGAUCUACUGGGCCUGCAGGAGUGAGUUUACUCACCCUAGCUCCCUGCACCAAGAAGGUCUGACCCCAUUUCUUUCCGUCCCUCGUUGCGGGGUACUUUAUGCCCGCGGACAUCGGCUACCCUUCGUGAGCACCUCGGACAUCCGAGGAGGGGUCACGAAACGCUCUCGUUACCGGUUUCGGCAUCAGACCAAGCACCGAGGCCUCGGAGCCUUCCAGCCCGCCGUACCCUCCAGCCCACGGCGCAAGGCCGAGCACCAGUGGCUGGUGAUGGCGGCCGGUGGGCAGUGGACCCAGCAGCUCCACGGGCUGCUGCUGGGCGACGCCAGCUUGGCGGCCCGGAGAGACUUCAUCUCGGGCUUCACCGCCCUGCACUGGGCCGCCAAGAGCGGCAACUGCGACAUGGUGACAAAUAUCAUCAGAGCAGCUGAGAAGGGGGGGGCCCGCAUCAACGUGGACGCCAGGUCACACGGCGGCUACACGGCGCUCCACCUGGCCGCCAUACACGGCCAGGAGAAGAUCAUCACCAUGCUCGUCUACGGUUACCACGCCAAGACCGACCUGAGGGACUACAGCGGGAAGAAGCCGCACCAGUACUUAAAGGAAGGGGCCUCCUCUGCAGUCAGGCGCUUGCUGGGGGACCCCAGCCUUCCCCACAACGUGGAGCCCUCCGUGCCCAUCAAGAAGACCACAAAGCUUGCAGCUUCAAUCUUGAGCUCCACUAGCACUUUCCUCGGGGUCAUAUCCGAUGACAUGGCUUUCUACGAUCUCACCAAGGGUUUAAGGAAGCCCUCGUCCUUAAACAAGCUCCUGGCUGCCACUACGGGCCCGAGGAGGAAGCCAAAGACCAGAGGGGGCUUCCCUUCGUAUUCCUCCCUCUCCGAGGUAGCGGAGGAGGAGGAAGAGGAGGUUGUCGUGAAACGCAGACCUGUUUCUGAGCUGUUCUUUGGCCACUAG